AGCUUUACCACUUGGCAAAUCUCCAUCUCCCUAUUCUUUUGCCUUACUCACUAUUAUUUCGACUCAACAAUAGGUCUGCGACGUCGCGUGGAGCGCUGCUCAUAUUGCAGGCCGCUGAGUCGUGCUGGGCCGUGCCGUCCACAACAAACUCCUUGGAUCUCCCGGACUGAACCUGGCGGUUUUGUUCACACUUUCUCGAGGACCACGUCUCCCUGUCUCUCGUAUCAUCUGGACCCUAAUACAGCGACAUGGCUAUUUUACGACUUGCAGCAGCGACUGCUGGUUUACUGGCUGCGUUUGGAGAGGCUGUACCCACACAAAUUGUGGAGAGAUGUGAAAAGAGAGCUGUAAAGGGCUUUGGCUAUGGAGAGGAGAAGGUUCGAGGUGUCAAUCUUGGAGGAUGGUUUGUGUUGGAGCCAUGGAUAACUCCUAGCAUCUUCGAGCAGGGCCCUGCUGGUGCAGUUGAUGAAUGGACAUACACACAACAACUCGGCAAGGAUGAAGCACGAAACCGUCUCGAAGCGCACUGGAGCAACUUCUACUCCGAAAACGACUUCGCGGAGAUGAAAUCCUACGGCCUGAACCACGUCCGCAUCCCCAUCGGCUACUGGAGCAUCUCUCCCCUCGCCGGCGACCCAUACGUCCAAGGCGCCUACGAACACCUCGCCACCGCCGUCCAAUGGGCCUCCAACCAAGGCCUGAAAGUCAUGCUUGACCUCCACGGCGCGCCCCUCAGCCAAAACGGCUUCGACAACUCCGGCCACGCGGGUCCCAUUGGCUGGACCCAAGGCGACUCCGUCAAACAAACCCUCGCAGCCAUUACCAAACUCCGCGACGAUUUCGGCAACAACCCCGCCGUGUCCGCCAUCGAACUUCUCAACGAGCCCAUGGGUCCCCAACUCGACCUGAACGUCAUCAAACAAUUCUACUACGAUGGCUGGGGUAACCUCCGCGACACCCCCGUCGCCACAGUUUUCCACGACGCAUUCGAGGGCGUCACGAGCUGGAACAACGACAACUUCGGCGCGGGACUCACCAACCUCGUCCUCGACACACACCACUACGAAGUCUUCUCCUCCGGCGAACUCUCCCGCUCUCCCGCCGAACACCUCGGUUCCGCCUGCGCUUUCGGCGGCCAAAUGGCUUCGACUGACAAAGUCACCAUCGCAGGCGAGUGGUCCGGCGCCAUGACCGACUGCGCCAAGUAUCUCAACGGACGCAACGUCGGCGCACGCUACGACGGGACGUUUAACAAAGACGGCCAGGGAAGCAGUUAUAUCGGCAAUUGCGCGGGCAAGUCGGUCGGUACAGUGGCGGGUCUGUCGGAUGCGGAUAAGGGGAAUGUGAAGAGCUUUGUGAGCGCGCAGAUUAGUGCGUAUGAGAAGGCGGAUGGGUGGAUCUUUUGGACGUGGAAGAAUGAGGCGGCGCCCGAGUGGCAUUUUCAGAAUUUGACGAGGGAGGGGUUGGUGCCGCAGCCGUUUAGUGCGGCGAGUGGGUGUUGAUUGAGGUUGAGGGUGUUGUCUCUCGACUUGGAGGGUGGAGGUGGCGAUCGACAUGCACAAGAGGUGUGUGUAUGGCUGAGGAUUCAUGUUCCAGACUUGGAUGUUGAGCGGGCAUGGACCUAUUGAGUAUAUGAGACAUGAUCUCUCAACGAACUCACUGAGAAUUUUCUUACAUGUAAAAUGGUCAGGGCAGCAAGUU